UUUUAUUCUAGAGAAAGGGUGGAGGAAGUAUGGCUGCCAUCGGCAUUGCUUUCUUUUUCUGCCUCAUUGCCACAGUAGUCCAUUCAAGCAACUACAUACCUUCUUCUUAUGGGGGUAUAAACACGCUAUUGAAUUGCAGGGAUGAUCCAUUGGUCUUACCUUUACAACCCAGAGGACCAGGUGAUAUCUGGCAACCAGCAUACUCAAGGAGAGACUUGGCAGCCAGUCAAUUCCUUUAUCUUGACAUUGCUUUACUCUAUGGACACUUAGGUCCUGAUUUUGACUCUACCUACACACAGCUGGAAGACCCAACAGCAAUGAAUCCACCAAUAAAUCCACCCAUUCCUCCAGAAUUGGUUACACUACCUCGUACCAUGGUUAACAGAACGUUUUUCCCAGAUAUGGUAUACAAUGCUUCAGAGCAGUUUACCAUACGUCGUUGGGUUGGGGAUCAGCUAGGCUGCAAGCUGGAAGCAGGAUGGGUUGACUUGAGACAGAACUUUUUCCCUCGGUGGUAUGCUGGCAGAAAAUGUUUACCAAUAAGAGGUAACUGCAGCAUUCCAUCUGGAGGACAACAAUGCUGGCCUGAUCUAACGGAUUUAGAUUAUGUCACAAUGCUUGCAUGGGAUGCUUGCUAUGUGCCAGUUGGUACUACUGAAGCCUAUACUUUUGGAUGGAGAAAAGUUAGUGUACCCAUUAUCAGAAGAUGCUCUUGCACCUGUGACUAUAUUGCUCCUCGUUAGAAAAGAAGCUUACGUUAUAAUGAUACAACCAAUAAUGCGUUGACUAUAUUAAAACUUUAUCAAUUAUUUUUGCG